UAGAAGAAUGUGCUGGACACAUUCCAGCAACUACAAAAUUCUGAGGAACAGGACCAAGUAUUACUGGACCUUGGCUGGAUGCUUCCUCUUCACGUCGGCCAUCGUGAUUCUUUACGGAUCUCGACAGGUAAUGAUAGAACUGUACCAACAACAUCAACAUUUGUCUGUCGAAGGAUAUCCGGAGACAAUCGGAUGUGGUUGCGACGGACUUGCCGGAUCAACAAAUGCCAGUCAAAUCCAUCAAUCGACUUGUAGCUUAGAGGCUGACAGGCGAGGAUUCAAUCAAUCAGUGGUUAGUUACACGUUGUUCGGUCAGCCGGAUCAAGAUGAACACGUCCGGAAACGUUACUUUGCUUCCAUCGAAGCUAAAGCCAUCCGCAUCAAACAUUAUUAUCCCGGCUGGAUCAUGCGGGUGUAUCACAAUCUAUCCCGAGAUGACGAGCUCAGGUACCUGUGCCCAUUGCGUUGCAAUGAUGGGCAUCCGCACGAGGUCGAUCUCUGUCAUGUCGACAGCAUCCGCACGAAAGAAAUCACGUCCGCUCUUAUUCAAAGACUCAAUCCUCGAAUGUGGAGGUUUCUAGUGAUGCUCGAUCCAAUGGUGGAUCGUUUCAUGUCACGUGAUGUCGACAGUGAAAUUAUCCCGCGUGAAGUGGCGGCUGUCAAACAAUGGCUACAAUCGAAUUACACGUUCCACGUCAUGAGGGAUCAUCCCAGUCACGGUGGAUUUAUGUUAGCUGGACUUUGGGGCGCCAAGAACGUCCAGCGACGAGACCUCAUCCAGCGGCUGGGUCGAGCCAUGAUCUGGACCAGCCAGAACGACGAUUAUCAAACAGAUCAAAAUCGAUUGGAUUUCUUUGUCUGGCCAUUUGCCACCUUUGAUGUGAUGGCUCACGAUGCUUACUUUUGCAAUCACUGGGCUCUCAAAUUGGCCCAUGUUGUGCCGAGUUUUCCGUUCCCUACACGCAGGAUCGGUCAUAAUUUCACUGGGCUGGACGUCGUCCGGAAAGACAUUGCCGAUCACAUCGUCACUUGUCCGUAUGAAUGCCGUCCAGUGGAUCACAAAGACUGGCUUUUGUGUUGAGA